UCUCGCAUCUCCUUCGGUUUCUGAAAACCUGAGAGGCAGAGAGAAGGGGGGGAGAGAAUCAGAGACUCGAAAAUCUCUGUUUGGAAGAGGAUCCUCUUUUGCAGGGGAGGGGGUUUCUUGGGAAGGAAUUCUGGAAGAGCGGGGCUUUUUUGUAAUUUUCCUGUUGGUUUUGGGAAGGAAGACAGGACGAGAAAACAUGGUUGCUUUGGUGGCUCGCACCGGACGGGAACUUCAGCGGUACAGCAACGGACGUCGCCUUGUUGUUGGAUGCAUACCAUAUCGGCUGAAGCCUAACAAUGACGACAUUGAUGAAUCCAUGGAGGUUCUGGUGAUCAGUUCGCAGAAAGGGCAAGGGACCAUGUUCCCAAAGGGUGGUUGGGAGGUCGAUGAGACUAUGGAAGCAGCGGCUCAUCGAGAGGCAUUGGAAGAAGCUGGGGUAAUAGGAGAUGUCGAGGAUAGCCUUGGCCAGUGGAGUUUUGUGAGCAAAAGAUAUGGCACGUACUAUGAAGGGUACGUUUUCCCAUUGCGUGUAACAGAGAUACUAGACCAGUGGCCCGAGGAUGACGUCCGCAAACGGAGAUGGGUGACAGUGGCAGAAGCAAGAGAAAACUGCCAGCAUUGGUGGAUGAAAGAAGCAUUGGAUAAAUUAGUGGACCACCUCUCGAAUCCGACAUCAUAUAGUCCUUGUAAAAACAGAGAAAGGCAGGAUAUCCCAUGUUAGUUCGAUCUCAAAUAGACCACGUAAUGCAUUUGACCUGUGCAUAUGAGAUAGAAGACCAUUUUCAAUCCACCCAAGUAUAAGAGCCGAUGAGGAGAUCAGCACUCUUUGAUUGUGCUCUGUGGGCCAGUUCAGUAUACACAAGUGGUGAAACUAAGGAAGAAAUGUGCGCACUCCCAAUUACACUCUUUGUCAUCCAUCAGUGUAUUGCCGAAGGCGGUUCACUUUACCUUUUGGGAACGUUGUGUUCGAAUCAAUUAGGUAACAGUUAAAACAACAGAGCAUGUAGGGAAAAGGAGAGAAAAGCACAAAUGGAUGUACAUUUCAAUUCAAUUCAUUCAAUUCAAUUCUUUGGUAAAUUACCAAUAUUUUCUG